UACAAAUCCCCUUCAAAGAAAGUUGAGAAACAAAUUCUCAUACUAUUAAUUUUUUCUCAUUAUUAUUAUUUUAAAAAGAAUUUUUUAUAUAAUUAUAUAAAACCCCCCUAACUUCACCUACUUCUCUCUCCUACACAUUAUUCACAACCAUUCUUACAAAUUACAAGCUCUGAAAAAUACUCAAACCAAAAGAAAAAAAAAGGCGUUGAAUUCAUGUUUGCGGAGGAGGUAAUUAAUCAGUUCAGAAGUACCCACCAAGCGUGUGACACACCCCCCUCCUUUGGUUAUUAUCUUCUCUUCUCAGCCAUUUCUUUGCCCAUUUCAAAGUGCUAGAGAGAAGGUAUCGGCGAUGAGACUCUCAUCGGUGGGGAGCCCGAGCGGUUCGAGGAGAUCGAAUUACAGUAGGAGCUUUCAUUUACCCGACGAGGAGACAGGGUUUGAUAAUUCGUCGUCGGUUGGUGGUGCAAUGCUGCCUGUCUUUCUUAAUGAUCUUGGCCGAGCCUCCACCUCGAUGAACAACGAUGAGCUCGUCGAGGUGGAGUUGCAACUCGAGGAUGAUAACAUUUAUAUAUGUAGUGUUACUCCGAGGGCUGUUACACCUAGGAGUGUAAGAGCCGAGGAUGGAGCCUCGGGUUCUGGCGGUGGUGGGUUGUUGUCGAGGAGCCUAUCGGCUGCCUCGAAAUUAAGGAAGAAAUUUGGGUGGCCUUCUUCUAGGGCGUCAUCGGAGGCGGGGGAUAAUCAGCCUCCGCCCCCGAUGACGGAUAGGGAAAAAAGAAAAAUGAAAGCACAACUUCAAAGGACCACGUCAGGUGCCCAAAGGGCGCUGACGGGGUUACGAUUUAUCAGUAAAACGACAACGUGUCCGAGGACGGGGGAUAACGGUGGAUGUGAAGAGUUGUGGAAACAAGUGGAAGAAAAGUUUGAUGAGUUAGCUCCGUCUGGGUUGCUUGCUAGGGAAGAUUUUGGGGCCUGCAUUGGGAUGGACUCGAAGGAGUUCGCGGUGGGAAUAUUUGAUGCAUUAGCAAGGCGAAAGAGGCAGAGAUUGAGUAAAAUUAGUAAAGAAGAGUUGCAAGAUUUUUGGUUGCAACUUACCAAUCAAAGCUUCGAUGCCCGCCUUCAAAUUUUCUUUGACAUUGCAGAUAGCAAUGAAGAUGGAAGAAUAACAAGAGAAGAAGUCCAAGAGCUUAUUAUGCUUAGUGCUUCAGCAAAUAAUCUAAAAGCUUUGAAGUCACAAGCACAUGAGUAUGCAAACUUGAUUAUGGAAGAGCUAGACCCUGAAAACCUUGGUUACAUUGAGUUAUGGCAGUUAGAAGCAUUACUGCUACAAAGAGAUGUAUACAUGGAGUACAGCAGGCCACUAAGCACAGUAAGUGCAGGGUGGAGUCAAAACUUGGGCAACUUACGGCCGAUAAGCAUAGUGAGGAAAGUAAGCUGCACAUUGAGGUGCCUCAUCUUAGAAAACUGGCAGAGAGGGUGGAUUCUACUGCUGUGGGUGACGGCGAUGGCUUCCCUCUUCAUCUGGAAAUUUCUUCAGUACAGACAAAAGAACGCAUUUCAAGUCAUGGGUUAUUGCUUAUGCACAGCCAAAGGGGCCGCAGAAACCCUUAAGUUCAACAUGGCUUUGAUCCUACUUCCGGUUUCAAGGAACACCCUUACUUGGCUUCGAUCCACUCGAAUCAGAUGCUUCAUCCCAUUUGAUGAUAACAUCAACUUCCAUAAGAUGAUCGCGGGUGCUAUAGCAAUUGGAGUGGUCCUUCAUGCAGGAAUGCAUUUGACAUGUGAUUUUCCUCGUUUGAUCAACUCUUCUCCUGAUAAAUUUGCACUCAUAGCCUCCGAUUUCCACAACAAAAAGCCAACAUACUGGGAUCUUAUUAAAGGUAUCGAAGGAGUUACAGGUAUUGGUAUGGUGGUUUUGAUGACGAUAGCCUUCACAUUAGCAACAAGCCGGUUUAGAAGAAAUGUAGUGAAGCUACCAACACCCUUCAACAGAUUGGCAGGAUACAACGCAUUUUGGUAUGCUCACCAUUUGCUAGCUAUAGUCUACGUCUUGCUCUUGGUUCAUGGUUUCUUCUUGUUCCUAGUAAAGGAUUGGACUAAAAAGACGACAUGGAUGUAUAUUGCUAUUCCACUCCUGCUUUACAUAGCUGAACGAAGUUUAAGGACUUGUCGGUCAGAGAUUCGUUCCGUUAAACUCUUGAAGGUUUCAGAGCUACCAGGAAAUGUCUUCAGCCUAAUGAUGUCAAAACCUCAAGGAUUCAAGUACAAAAGUGGACAGUACAUUUUUGUCCAGUGCCCUUGCAUUUCUAAAUUUGAAUGGCACCCAUUUUCUAUUACCUCAGCACCAGGAGACAACUUCCUCAGUGUUCACAUCAGGAUCGUAGGAGACUGGACACGAGAGCUAAAGCGGGUUCUUACUGAAGGCCAAAUGCCAGUUUCUUCCAUUGGUCGGCUUAAAUUUGGGGAAGAGGGUCACAUUCGUCAAAGCGGUUUACCUAGACUACAUGUUGAUGGACCUUAUGGCGCACCAGCACAAGAAUACCAGAAUUACGAUGUAUUGCUUCUCGUGGGACUAGGAAUAGGAGCAACACCCUUUAUCAGCAUUCUGAAAGAUCUUCUUAACAAUGCAAGAGCAGCAACCGACUCGAAUGCCACUGACUUGAGUAUUAUAUCAGAUGAAAGCUUAAGCAGCUUUGCGUCAACAAGUACAUCACAUAGUACAAACAAAAGACCAAUGAGAGUAAAGAGUGCGCAUUUUUACUGGGUUACUAGGGAGCCUGGCUCCUUCGAAUGGUUCAAAGGGGUGAUGGAUGAAGUAGCAGAAAUGGAUCAUAAGGGUUUGAUCGAGAUGCACAACUACCUUACUAGCGUGUACGAAGAGGGUGACGCGAGAUCAACCCUGCUAACGUUGGUCCAAGCUUUGACUCAUGCCAAGUAUGGUGUUGAUAUAUUGUCUGGUACCAGGGUGAAGACACACUUUGCAAGACCAGAUUGGAAAGAAGUGUUUGCUAAAAUAGCUAAAAAACAUCCAUACAGCACCAUAGGCGUUUUCUACUGCGGACGACCAGUGUUAGCAAAAGAGUUGAAGAAAUUAUCUCAUGAAAUGAGUCACAAGACAUCAACUCGGUUCGAGUUUCACAAAGAGCAGUUUUAGGACAGAAAUAUAGCCUCUACCUCCUCCCUUCUCCCUCCCUCCCUCCUUAAAACAUAAACCAAUAAGUCAAUAGCAAGCUAAGCUAACCAUAUCCACCUUUUUGCCUAUAUUGUAACAUGUAAGUAUUCAGAUUUCUGACAUUCUUACUGAGAAAAUCUCGGUAACAUUGUAUACAUAUACUAUACACAUCCAUCGUAAUCGACUCGGGUGACUUUGUAAAUGAAAAAAUUAUAGCAAAUGUUAAUACAAAAUUCAUACUACAUAGUCCUAUAGAAUAUCAUAUAGUUCUAGCCCUUAAUUUAACUAAGAUUCUUGUCUUUGACAAACAUGCUAUUUCAUGCAUGGUUUUAGGAUCUAUGUACCUUACUUUACUAUAUUCAUUGAAAUAAAUAUACAAAUUAUUUUUCACA